UCGUGUCGUGCAAGCAUGUAAACUUUAAUACUUCUGUUUGAAGUUGUUGCCCGACGUGUUUCUUUUUUACGGUAAUACAUGCAUUGGACGAACCAAGAACUAACUAACGAAUGUCACUGAUUCUGAUUGGAUGGAAACUAAUGCACGUUAAUUAGCUUUCGAGGUUCCGUAUACAAGAUUCUCAUUUUGUCUCUCUAAAAAAUAGAACUCUUCCGUUUGAUUCUUUUUGUUCCAAAAACACAUUUUUCUACGUCUUAUCGAGAGAGGAAAGACAAGAUAAUCGUAUGGCGAUAUCGAUCUCCGGAGCUGUUGUUAAUGGUUUAGGUUCUUCAUUCUUGAUCAGUGGAGGCAAGAUAAGCGGCGUCCAUAGUGGUGGAGCUAUGAGAGUUGGCCGGAAGAAUUUAAUCAUUGCACCUCAGCGGAAGAAGUCGUGGAUCCCGACAGCCGUCAAAGGAGAUGGAAACUCAAAGAUCGACCCCAAAUGGCUCGAUGAGGCCUCACAUAAAGCUUCCGAGUACGUGAAGGAGAAAGGAAGCGAAGUGGGACAUCUGUCAGCUCAGAAAGGACAAGAGGUUAAUGAUCAUAUAGAGAGAGCAAAGUACUAUAUGGCUGAGAAAGCUAGUGAAGCAAUCGACGAGGUGGCUGAAAUUGCUCAGUUUGCUUCGGAGUAUGUGACGGCGAAAGGCAAAGAAACAAAGAAAGAAACUGCUUCGUUAUCGGAGAAAGCCAAAGACUUCUUCGUUGAGAAAGCAGGUGAAGUCAUAGAUAUAGCGACGGAUGUGAGCAAGAAAACAGCUAAGUACGUCGGAGAUAGAGCAAAGGAGGUUAAAGAAGCUAUAACGCCUCCAAAACCUUAAGUAUACAACCCAUUUGAUCGAGGCAAUGUAGCAAAAAAAAAAAAAUGUAUUAUUAUUAUAUUAUUAUUAUGCGAGAUUUAUGAUAAAAGUGUUAUAAUAAAACGGUUAAGUUUGAA